AGCCCUCCCUGGAAGGCCGACUCACUAUCGACACUGUGACGAUAUAAACUCUUCCGAACACCUUAGCAUCCUCCAACGCGCUCAAUCCUGCCAAUAUGCCAGGCAACGUAAAUAUGCCACCACCCGUUACCAGCAAGAAAAUCGAUAUUGAUGUUGUCUUACUUCAAGACUGCACCGAAAGUCAGCAGCCUUACAUCGACACUGUGCGCAAAUAUGUCAAGGACGCCAUCCCCAUGAUCAAAGCACAGGCCAAUCUGAAUGGCGGUCGAGCCCGCUACCGUGUCAUCGCCUUUCGCGAUCAUAAGGAACAAGGUUGUGACUGGCUUAUAAAAACGCACGAUUUCACCGAUGAUCCGGCUGUCGUGGCCAACCAACUAGCAAGCCUCGUUGCGUCUGGAGGUGGUGACGGACCGGAAGCACAGUUUGACGGACUAGAUGCAGCACGUCGCUCGCCUUGGAGGCAAACGGCGAAGAGGAUUGUCAUCCUCAUCACUGACUCUCCCCCGCACGGUAUCGGUGAACCCGGCGACAGUGUCCCUAGAGAUCACCCUGAAGCUCUAACCCACGAAGCUAUCCUCAAAACUUACAAUAAAACGAACAUUCAGCUUAGCGUGCUGGCGUGUGUCCCUGAGAUUACAUACUAUGAGAAAGCCGAGGCAUUCUACCAAGAUCUAACCAAGAAGACUGGUGGACUGUACGUCCCUCUCCCGGACCCUGAAUACAAUCCCGAGCCGAUGAAACUCGCCAUAGUGGGCUGCGUCCUUCAUUCGACUGACAGUCUCCGCACGACGGACCGAUGGGCAGAAUGGAUUAUAGAGCAUUCUGAUCGAGGCCACGAUGCGCUUGUCAACGACAUUCAUGCACAGCUCACUCACGAGGGCGAGAAGUGUCAUAAAGUCACCUGUACUGAGCAUCGCGGCACAAACGAUGUCCACUAUAAACUUGUCGAUGUUAAUCGUGAUCAUGUGGACGCUAUUGUUGGCAAGGCACUGCGGCUCAAGGCGGACAUGAAGGCGAAUCCUCAUAUGUAUGACGAACACUAAGAGUAAAGACUAAGGUGAUCAACUCAGCCGCUUGACAUUGAAGUGAUGAAGUUUCUGUUGGGGUUGAACUCGAAUACGAAUUCAGUCGUCAGUACGCUAUGACUGCCUCUUAAAUUCCAUGUCAUACACGCAAUAUCAGUGGAGUGCCUAAGUUGUUA